GCCAAAUGUAGGCAUAUGCAGUCGUGCACAAUCAAUGUCUGUCCCCAAAACAAAUGUCCCUUGCUCAUCGAUGUUUUGUCUUUCUACGUUUGCUCAGUUAACCAUGACGUUGCCGGGAAGGAUGUAGUAUUCCUUCUGGAUGGCUCUGAUAACACAAGGAAUGGAUUCGCUGCCAUGCGUGAUUUUGUUCAGAGAACGGUGGAGGAACUUAAUGUGGGCGAAAACAACGACCGUGUGUCAGUUGUCCAGUACGGCAGAGACGCAGAGGCCCACUUCUAUCUGAACACAUAUACCACAAAGGACGAUAUUCUUGACACGGUCAGAGGACUCAGACACAGAGGGGGAAGACCCCUCAACACUGGGUCAGCCCUCAUGUAUGUCCGAGACAACGUGUUUACGGCGGCCUCUGGAAGUAGGAGGCAAGAGGGCAUUCCUCAGCUACUGAUUGUGCUGAGUGGAGGGCGAUCUAAUGACAACGUAGACAUACCGGCGUCUGCCCUCAAAGACAACGGGGUCUUAAUUCUAGGCAUCGGAACUAGAGAUUCUAGCACAGAGGUUCAAAGAAUCGCCUCUGAUCCUAGUUAUGCCCAGUCUGUGUCUGACUUCUCUGACCUCCCAAACGUCCAGCAGCCAUUCGCCUCCUCUCUUAGCCAUGUAGUGGUUGGGGUUAAACCAAUGACCCCUACAGUGAGAGUUGACCAGAGAACUCCAAAACGGGAUGUGGUAUUUCUUCUGGAUGGCUCUGAUGGCACAAGGAAUGGAUUCCCUGCCAUGCGUGAUUUUAUUCACUCGGUGGUGGAGAAACUGAAUGUGGGAGAAAACAACGACCGUGUGUCCGUUGCCCAGUACAGCGGAGAUGCAAAGGCCAAUUUCUAUCUGAACACAUAUAACACAAAGGAAGAUAUUCUUGACAUGGUCAGUGGGCUUAGGCACAAAGGAGGCAGGCCCGUCAACACCGGGGGAGCCCUCCAGUAUGUCAGAGACAACUUGUUUACAGCCUCUUCCGGCAGCAGGCGCCAAGAAGGGGUUCCACAGUUGUUGAUCCUUGUGAAUGGUGGAAGGUCUUCUGACAGUGUAGAUACACCAGCGUCUGCUCUCAAACAGCUUGGCAUCACUGUCCUUGGAAUUGGAACAAGGAACUCUGACCAUGGACAACUGCAAAAGAUCUCCUCAAAGCCAAAUUAUGCUUUGUCUGUGUCCGACUUCAGUGACCUCCCCAACAUACAAGAGCAACUGUCCUCUGCCAUCAGCACAGUCACAGUCAGGGCCACACCAAUGGCGCCAACUGUAAUCGUUGAGCACAGCCUGCCCAAAAGAGAUGUUGUGUUCUUGCUGGAUGGAUCUUAUGGCACCCAAACUGGAUUCCCAGCAAUGCGUGACUUUGUGGAGAAAGUCGUCGAGACGCUCAAUGUGGAUGGCGACAGAAAUCGAGUCUCAGUUGUUCAGUACAGCAAUGAUCCAGCUGUCCAAUUCUAUCUAAACACAUACAAAACACAGGGCGACGUCGUUGCUAAUGUCAGGGGUUUAAGGCACAAGGGCGGAAGACCACUUAACACUGGAGCAGCGCUCCAAUACUUGAGGGAUAAUGUCUUCACUGCCUCGGCUGGAAGUAGGCGUCUGGAAGGAGUUCCGCAGAUGCUCAUAGUCCUAUGCGGUGGAAAGUCUUAUGACAGUGUUGACGCAGCAGCCACCGCUCUGAAGGAGCUGGGGGUCUUUACCCUUGCCAUUGGAACCAGUGGCUCUGAUAGCAGAGAACUGCAGAAGAUAUCCCAUGGUCCCAAUCAGGCUCUGUCUGUGUCUGAUUUUGCUGACCUUCCCAGUGUCCAACAGCAACUACAGUCCUCAAUGGAAUCAUUGGUAUUCGAGGUUGUUCCUGGAUCCCCAACAUUCGUAGAAUUGCGCACCUUGAGACGAGAUGUGGUGCUUCUCAUUGAUGGCUCUGAUAGUAGCCGAAGUGGAUUUCCCGCAAUGCGUGACUUUACACAAAGGAUUGCUGAGAAUCUUGACAUCGCCAAAGACAAGGACAGAAUUGCCGUAGUACAGUUUAGUGGGGAUACAAAGGUUCACUUCUAUUUGAGAUCUCAUCCGACCAAAGACGCUGUUUCCAGGAUAAUUAGAACACUCAGGCACAGGGGAGGGAGGGAGCGGAACACUGGAGAAGCUUUUCAGUACAUCUUGGAUAAGGUCUUCACCACCCAGGCUGGGAGUCGGCAUCACGAGGGGGUCAAACAAGUGUUGAUAGUACUUUCAGGAGGACCGUCCAGUGAUAGCUUUAUUCAACAGGCUCUGUCCGUCCAUUCUCGUGACAUUUUCAUAUUUUUCAUUGGUGUAAACCUGGUUAGUCCUUUGUCCACUGAGUUGACAAAUGCAUAUACAUUCCCGAUCAUUGACUUUGGAGUUCUCGCAGACAUCCUUGUAGAUGUGCUUUUUGCUUUAAAACAUGUUACCGUGGCAGGUAAGUUGACACGACUUUUACAUGAUAUUUUUCUAAAUGAGUUGGUCUGUUAAAUAAAAGAAAAACAAAAAAAUUAUCUGGAUCAAACUACAUUUGGUUAACAUCAAAAAUGUAUGGCUUUAUAUAUGCAGUAUUAUUAUUCCUCAUUUGUGAUUCACUUCUCUGAUAUUAUUUCAUACAGCAGAAGGUUUGAAAAUUGACUUUUCAUCUAAAUGUUUUUCUGAACGUGGACUUUUCUUCAAAUUGUUAUUUUAAAUGUAAAACCCUUACAUUGCAUUUUGAGCCUCGUAGUUAUUGGUAGCUGUAGGGCCUUUAUGCCACUUACAUUCUUUCAGUGGGGGAGACACUAAUUUCCUUCUUUCUCACUUU